GCCGAGGCGGUGGCUACAGAAGUGUCAGAAGGGAGAGAUACACUGUGGCUGGACUCUUUCGCGGCGCGUGCGCAGUGCGUCCCGCUGCUGCACUCGCCUUCGCCAGAUUGUGGAAGAAUUGUGAUUGAUUGUGGCAGUGGAUUGGUGAAAACAACGGUGGAAAACAAUUAACAGUUUCUGCACAAAGUAAAGCUUGAAAAAAGGAUCAGAGCCAGAACAAAGAUGUCCUACGGUUCCAUUGAGGGAAGUGGUUUUGGGAGCCGAAAUGCCUUCGGGGGACCUUCGAGACAAGGAUACCAACCUUUAGCUACCCAGAUUGAUCCCAAUGAACUACAGGAACUUUUUCAGGAUACAUCAGCCAGCAUCUUCCGAAUUAAUGCCAAUGUGACAUCUUUGGAAAGAAGCCUGAAGUCACUUGGAACGCCAAAUGACAUACCAGAACUGCGGGAUGCUCUGCACACAACUCAACAAGAGACCAACAAAACCAUCACAACGUGCACAAAUGCUAUCCGACAGUUAUCUGAGGUCAUCAGAGGUUCUUCAAGGCAAGAACGGCUUCAGCUGGACCGUCUGAAGAACCAGCUUUCUGAUGCCAUUCAGCGAUAUGGGGCAGUACAAAAGAAAAUUGCAGAGAGAUCCAAAGCACUGCUUCCCAAGGGACAGAGAAAUAGAAAACAGCAAAGUCCUAAGACCCCAUUCUCUGACUUGGCUGAUGAUGAGAAGAUCUUCAAUGGAGGAGAUAGCAUGUGGCCUGAGCAGAACCAAGAACAUGCCCUGCUCUCUGAAAUCACAGAGGAGGAUCUGGAGGCUAUCCGAGAGAGAGAAGAAGCCAUCCAACAGAUUGAGAGUGAUAUGUUGGAUGUUAACCAGAUCAUUAAAGACCUGGCCUCCAUGGUGUAUGAGCAGGGCGAGACGAUAGAUAGCAUUGAAGCCAAUAUCGAGACCGCAUCUUCGAACGUAGACUCUGCCAACGAGCAACUGGCAAAGGCCAGUCAACACCAACGACGAGCCAGGAGGGUGAAGUGUUGUCUCAUCUCUGCUGGGCUGGCAGUCCUUCUGGUCUUCAUCAUAAUUAUCACUGUUUCAGUCAAGAAGUAAAUCCACUUGGUUUUUGCAGAAUGUAGGUUAUUUCAGUGACAGAGGAACGCAAGCAUCCUGUUCAUCUGCCAGACAACAUGGCCACAGAUGACGCUGCCUCCUGGGAUGCUGAGCGUGGAUAAUGACAUGGCUACACAUUUUGCAGUCAGGUUCCCCUGAGACAUCGCUUGCGUCUGCACGAAGAAGCAAAAUGACCUCAGGAAAAAUAACAGCUGGUGUGCUCUGACUUGCUAGUGUUUUUUCUUGUCCCCCACCUUGUUCAGAUAUUAAAGGUAUUUCUCCAAAUAACAAAUAAGCACAAUACUCACAACUUGCCCUUUGACUCCACAUGCAUUUCCUUUUGCAAGAGCAAAGGGAAAUGCUGUGCUAGCAUUUACUGAGCUAUUUCUAUUUCAUUUUGCUCUUCCAUGUCAUCAGGUUAUUUUCCCAAUAUAUGCUCAUAGAUAGCAAAAACACUGGUUAGAGGUUAAUGUUUUUUCCUCUAUUCUAGCUGUGCUAUUCUACUGUGCUUUGAGCACUUGAAUGAUGUUUCUAUGCAUUUGACUACACUGGUUUUAGACUAAUUGAAACUACUGCAGCCUAGUGCUUGUUUUCUGAGUGGCAGAUAUAUAUAUAUAUAAUUUGUCAAAACUGAGCUUGUUUGUUGACAUUGGGGAUGAGUCAAUUACUUGUCCCUUUCUGCCUUUCCAAAGCUGUUUAGGAUACAUAAUCCUAAAUCGUAUUCUUAAUACUAAAUAGAAUAGACCCAUUGAAUCAACUAGAUUUACCCGUGUGUUAAUUCACUAUUCAAUAAUGGAUUGAAUGAGUCUAUUCUGGUUGGGAUUAAUCAACUGGGUUUACAAUCAGUUGAAUAUUAAUAUAUUCAACUGAUUGUAAAUAUUAAAAUAUUUGUAAAUAAUAAAAUAUUAGAAUAUUAAAAGAAUCACCGACCUGCAACCUUCCACCCAAUGUCAACUGAAGAACGAGGAAGUUACUUUUUGCUUGUAGAGCAAAAGUAACUUUUCCAAGCUCUGACCAUGUGUGGAAUAUGACAUGUCAGUCAAGGAAUGGAGGUACCAUUCUUCUCUCGCAAAGAAGGCAAGGAGGAUGUUGCAUAUACUGUAUCAUGUUUCCUUACAUAUGGAGCCCCUUGCAAAAUACCUAUUUUAUAUGUUAAAUUAUGCAUGUAGUGCAAGCAUGUGAAUUAAGUGGGUUGUGGAUCACAGAUACUUUAUUCUGGCUCUCCAGCCCUGUGUCUGCCCCAUCAGAGGGGAGAAGGUGCUUAAAAAUAUGGAGAAUUGGAACUUCCAGAAGGCAUGUUUGCUGCGAAUUCUCUGCAUAUGUACAACACUCCUUCUAAAAUUAUAGAAUCAUAAAGUUAGAAGGCCAUCAGAUCAACCCUGCUUAAUGCAGGAUCUCCAGGUGUUUUGGACUUCAGCUCACAGAAGCUUUAGCUAUCUUGACCAAUGCUCUAAGGUUCUAGGCACUGAAGUCCAUAACACCUGGAAGGCCAGAGUUUGGGAAUUACUAAGCUAGAACAUCCCAGCAGGGAGCUGCUCAGCCUGUUUCUGAAGAGGUCCAGACAAGGAGACCCCACCACUUCUCUAGGGAAUUGGAACCACUCUCACUGUCAAGAAAUUCCUUCUAAUGUUCAUUCAAAACUAUUAUACCUAGUCAUACCCUCCAAGGCAGCAGAGAGUAGGCCUGCCCCAACUCAAAUACCUUUGAGGUAUUUAAAGAGGGCAGUCCUAUCACCCCUGAAUCUUCUCUUCACCAAGCUGAACAUUCCCACCUCCUUCAACCUUCCUUCAUGCAUUUUAUUCUCUGUACUUUUUGUCAUCAUUGUUGCCCUUCUCUGAGCCUGAUUCCAUCUGUCUAUAUCCUUCUCAAAAUGAGGUGUCCAGAAAUGAAUGGAGUACCCCAACUGAGGCCUGACCAGUGCAGAAUAUUGUAGGACAGAAUAUAGUCCCUUGACUUGGAAAUUAUACUUUUGUUGUUCUUGAUUUUUGAACCUCUUUCUCUCUCUUAUUUCCUCCUCCUCCUCUUAGCAAGCCCUAAACUUCAUAUUGCUUAACUGCAAACCCUUAGGCUUGCGACUUGGCUCAUUUGAGUUAGUACUUCCCCAUCCUAAAACAACCGUACUCUGUUAGGUGCAGAUUUGUAUUUUGCAUGUACUGUUUGCCAUUUAUGAAGCUCUGCCAUAGUAUUUGCUAUUCAACAAUGCCAUUAUUGACUAUAUCUUGGUUGUUGUGUGUUCAAUAAAGCCCACGUUUCAAUUA